AUGACCCGCGGUGCGUUCAUCGUGAUUGAAGGCCUCGACAGAUCUGGCAAAACGACACAGACAGCGGAUCUUCGAGACAAAUUAGCGGCUUCCGGGAACGCAGUAAACUGCACAAAUUUCCUGGUAGGCAUCCACAGGACUACCUCGAUCGGCAAGAUGAUAGAUUCUUAUCUUCAGUCCAAAUCUGAGCUUGAUGAUCAUGCGAUUCACUUAUUAUUCUCGGCUAACCGAUGGGAACUUGCAUCUACUAUUGAAGGCCUUCUUGAAUCGGGGACGACAGUGCUAUGCGAUCGAUACGCCUUCUCUGGGAUCGCGUUCAGCGCAUCAAAAGGCCUGCCUUACGAGUGGUGUAGAUCUCCAGAUGUUGGAUUGCCAGCGCCGGACCUCGUUGUGUUUCUUGAUAUCACUCCUGAAAAAGCGAGGGAGCGUGGAGGGUACGGUAAUGAACGGUAUGAGAAAGAGGAGAUGCAGCAGAGAGUGCGAGAGCAGUAUAAAAGAAUUGAAUCCGAAAAUGUCGUUCGGUGGGCAACAAUUGACGCGGGAAGAGAAAGAGAGCAGCCGCUGGUUGACGGUAUUGACCAUGCUAUUGCAAAGCUUUGGUUUUGA